UGUAGCACAACCCCUCCAUCUCUCCUCCCUUUCAGGAGUGAAAACAGAGGACCGGAGCACUCGAGCGCAGCGGACGUCCAGCUUCAACAUCCGACGGGAACAAAGUCAUAAGGCUUGACCGUGUGUUCCAAAACCAUAAUGAUCUCAUACACUAUCAUUGUUUCAUUCUGUCUGCUGGGCAUGGUCAGCGCUCAGACUGGGAUGACUCUAGAGUCAUGUCUGACCAAGGAAAACAACUUAGUGAUAUUGGGCAAAACAGAGAUCAGUUCAAACACUAAAUGCACGUAUUACUCAGAGGGCAAGGUGGUGGCCAGUUCUGAUACAAGAAUAGAGCAGGACCCCACUUACAAGAAUCGGGCCAGUGCAGAGAUAACUGGAAAGGGCUGCAAGCUGACACUGAAUGGCUUUUCAAGUGACAAGUCCCAGACAUUUAACUGUACUAUCGUGGGAACUCCAUCUGUGUCACAAACUGUGACUGUGGACAAGAAAAAUGCGCUCAUUUGCUCAGCGUGUGGUAUCUUUCAGCACGUCGGCGUGACCCUGCUGUUGGCCCUCCUUGCCAGCCAUCUGAUACCCAAGCUUCUGUGAGCCAAAGUAACGCUCAGAGAAAAACUCAAGCCCUGCAUGUUUGCCGGCCGCUCUACUGUGGCACUGUAGCCAACAAUUCAGCACUGCACUGAAAGAAAUGCUCCUUUACUGCUGCCAACCACUAAGUGCUUUGUGAUUUCAAAUCACGAGAAUAAUUUAUGUGGUUUUACGUUUUUUUUUUUUUGUUUGUUUGUUUUUUUCACUGCAGCUUUUGACUUCAGAAACCAGUAUUGAUAUAAGAGGUGAUGGGCUUUUUCUACAGUAAUGCUUUGUAUUAACAUUACUCAUUCACACUGGGUUCGGUGAUUAUGACAUUAUUAACUGUUGUGUAUUGAUAGAUCACGCUAACCUUAAUGUGUGCUUGUUUAAACUUUGUUUGUGCUCUCGGUGGUGUGUUAUAAAAUUACAAAAUGUCCAGUU